AUGGAGGAAAUCCUCAAACAAAUGGUGUUAGCCAACGCUGCACAACAGCAAGCCAAUGCUAUUGCACAGGAGCAAACCAAGGCGCUGUACCAACAGAUUAAUGCUGCACAAGAUCAAUCACAGCUGUUGAUUAGUGCUGUACAGGAGCAAUCGCAGAGGCUGUUUGAACAGCUUGCCACUGCUGCAGAAGCGGAUAGGAAAACCCUGACUAAGGUUGCAGAAACGCUAGCACAGUGGGCACCUGCGGAAAUCAAGGAUAUUGGAAGCAAACCUUCAGCCAUCCAUGUGGCUCGCUUUCUGUCCAAGAUGACUACGGAUGAUGAUCCAGAGGCCUUCCUGUUAACAUUUGAAUGGACCGCUGAGAGGGAAGGUUGGCCUAAAACUCGAUGGGCAGGACUGAUUGCCCCCUUACUGUCUGGUGAAUCGCAGAAGGCCUACUAUGAUCUGGAGUCGGCAGAAGCGGGAGACUAUGAGAAGGUCAAGCGGGAAAUUCUGGCGCGACUCGGUGUCACCUUGGCCGUUCGAGCACAACGGGUCCACAGCUGGUUCUUCCAAGUUGAGAGGCCCCCAAGAUCGCAGAUGUUCGAUCUAAUCCACCUGGUGCGAAAAUGGCUACAGCCGGAGUCCCUGUCUGCGCCACAAAUAGUGGAGCGUGUGGUCAUGGACCAAUUCCUGAGGUCACUGCCAAUACCCCUGCAGAAGUGGGUGAGUCAAGGAGACCCCAAUUCGGCAGAUAACCUGGUGGAACUCGUUGAGAGGUACUUUGCUGCUGAGAACCUGGUCACCACCCCAACAGCCGCACAGACUUUCCACCCAAAGCCACGGUCUCCCCAGGCAACCGGUAAGACUGUUCCAGGGGAAGUGGGUGGUAAGCAUGGCAAGGAAGUAGAGGGGAGGAUUUUUGGUGCCAGGACUGAAGUUUGGCGUCCCAAACAAGGGAAACCACUGCCUGUCAGCAAACCGAACUGGGGAAACAUCAGGUGUUUUCGUUGCCAAGAACUGGGACAUGUUGCAGCAAACUGUCCAUUGACUGAUGAACCAAUGCAGUGUGAUCUGUCCAUUAGAAGGCAGUCUAUGUUUGCUGCUGUUUCAUGCGCUUCAGCGCCAAAUGUGGGGAAACACAUGUGUCAAAUGACUGUUAAUAAUAAGCCUAUUAUGGCCUUGCUGGACUCUGGAAGUCUGGUUACUUUGGUUACAGCUGAGAUGGUUGAAACUAUGAAUUUUCAUGCUAAAAAAGUUGCUGUGAUCUGUGUACAUGGGGAUACCCGGGAGUAUCCUAUAGCCACAGUUCAGUUUAAAACUGGCUUAGGUACGGUGUCCCAUGCGGUCGGACUUGUGCCCCACUUGGUGCACGAGGCCAUCAUUGGUAGGGACUUCCCUAAGUUUUGGGAACUGUGGGAUCGUCCCGACCCGGUCGAGGUACCUGACUCAGUCGCAGAGCCAGAACUCCUGGCUAAUCCUGAUAUUGGGGGUUCAGGGGACUCAUCUCGGGGCUCUCCGAGCUUUCCUUUCUCAGUUAUGGCAGGAGAGCUGGAGGAGCCUGAGGAAGUCCCCACAACCAGUAGAGCCGGACAGCCGUCUGCUGAGCCUACGUUGGAGUUUGCUGACCUUAAUGUGCACAAGGAAAAUUUUGGUACUGAGCAGAGAAAAGACCCUACCCUCACCAGGGCCUGGGAAAAUGUAAUGGUGAUUAAUGAUGUACCUGUUGAACCAGGGGAUAGGACCUGUUUUCCUUAUUUCUGCAGCAAUGAGGAUUUACUGUAUCGUGUAUGUAAAAUGAAUGAUGAAGUGGUUGAGCAGUUGGUGGUCCCUAAGCCAUAUAGGCGGGUGGUGUCGGAACUUGCUCAUGGGCACUUGCUAGGAGGCCAUUUAGGGGUUGAGAAAACCACUGAAAGAGUGUUGCACAGGUUUUACUGGCCUGGGAUACAGAAAAAUAUUGAGAAUUAUUGUCAAUCCUGUGCUGUGUGUCAGAUGUCAGCCCCACAGCCUCACUUCCGAAGUCCUUUAGUGCCCUUGCCCAUUAUUGAAGUGCCCUUUGAAAGGAUUGCCAUGGACCUUGUGGGUCCGCUCCCCAAAUCUGCCCGUGGUCAUCAGCAUAUCCUUGUGAUCAUGGAUUACGCUACACGUUACCCUGAGGCCGUUCCCUUACGCGCUGCGUCUGCUAAAAACAUUGCCAAAGAGCUGUUCAUGGUGUUCAGUCGGGUUGGCAUCCCUAAAGAAAUCCUUACAGACCAGGGUACCCCAUUUAUGUCACGGAUAACUAGGGAGCUGUGCAAGUUAUUUAAGGUGACGCAGUUGCGAACCUCGGUGUAUCAUCCUCAAACGGAUGGCUUGGUGGAACGCUUCAAUAAGACAUUAAAGAGUAUGUUAAAGAAGGUUGUGGACAAGGAUGGGAGAAACUGGGACUUCCUGAUACCGUACUUGAUGUUCGCCAUCAGGGAGGUUCCCCAGUCCUCUACGGGGUACUCUCCAUUUGAGCUGCUCUAUGGGAGACACCCUCGAGGACUCUUAGACAUAGCCAAGGAAACUUGGGAGGGGGAACAGACACCCCACAAAAGUGUCAUUGAGCAUAUCGCUCAAAUGCAGGAGAGGAUUGCAGCAAUCAUGCCGGUGGUAAAGGAACACUUACUGCAGGCCCAAGCAGCCCAACAGAGAAUAUACAACAGGGGGGCCCAACUCCGUGUUUUCUCACCUGGUGACAGGGUCCUCGUGUUGGUUCCCACUGUUGAGAGCAAGUUCCUGGCUAAGUGGCAGGGUCCCUUUGAAGUAAUUGAAAAAGUUGGGGAGGUCAAUUACAAGGUGUAUCAACCAGGUAAAAGGAAGCCCGAACAAAUUUACCACAUAAAUCUGUUAAAGCCCUGGAAGGAUAGACUAGCGUUGACUACGAGGUCCCUCCCUGUAAUGCCUAAAGGUAUUGAGUCCCCUCUGAUCCCUGAGGUCACCAUUCCAGACACCCUGUCAUGUUCCCAAAAACAGGAAGCUAGAGAGUUCCUGAUAAGGAAUAGAGAGAAAUUUUCAGAGUUGCCUGGCACGACCUCAGCAGUUCAGCAUGACAUUGUUACUGAACCGGGGGUCCGUGUCAAGCUCAAGCUGUACCGAAUUCCUGAAGCGAGGAGAAAGGACAUCAGUGAUGAAGUUAGAAGGAUGUUGGAGCUAGAUGUCAUUGAGGAAUCCAAUAGUGACUGGUCUAGCCCCAUCGUGUUAGUCCCAAAACCGGAUGGCACUUGGAGGUUCUGCAAUGACUUUAGGAAGCUUAAUGCAGUGACAAAGUUUGACACGUACCCAAUGCCCAGAGUGGACGAACUUAUAGACCGACUUGGCAAAGCUCGCUAUCUGACCACUUUGGACUUGACAAAAGGGUAUUGGCAAAUACCCCUGACUGCUAGCGCCAAAGAGAAGACUGCAUUUGUAACCCCGGAGGGAUCCUUUCAAUAUAAGAAGAUGCCUUUUGGGUUGCAAAAUGCCCCUGCAACGUUUCAGAGGGCUAUGGACAGGACCCUAAGGCCUCACCGACAGUAUGCAGCAGCCUAUCUAGAUGACAUAGUGGUACAUAGCACUGACUGGGAGUCUCACUUGCCCCGUGUCCAGGCUGUCCUUGAUUCCCUCUUCAAAGAAGGAUUUACGGCAAAUCCCAAAAAAUGUGGCAUCGGUCUAGAGGAAGCCAAGUAUUUGGGCUACACUAUUGGCCGUGGUGUCAUAAAGCCCCAGGUGAAUAAAAUAGAAGCCAUCCAGGAGUGGCCACGUCCUGCAAAUAAAAAGCAGGUCAGGGCUUUUCUUGGCAUUGCGGGGUAUUAUAGAAGGUUUAUCCCAAAUUUUGCAACUAUAGCUGCCCCACUGACAGACCUUACGAAAGGGAAAGACUCCGUAAUGGUGAAAUGGUCCCCAGUAGCGGAAGAAUCUUUCCAAGUCCUGAAAAAAGCUCUUUGUGCACAGCCAGUGCUAUACUCCCCUGAUUUCGCCAAAGACUUUUUGGUUCAAACGGAUGCCUCUGAUGUGGGUAUCGGGGCAGUACUAUCACAGGUACACAAUGGGGAAGAACACCCUGUGGUGUACCUAAGCAGAAAGCUUAAUGACCAUGAGAAAAAAUAUGCAGUCAUUGAAAAGGAGUGUUUAGCCAUAAAGUGGGCCGUGGAUGCACUCAGGUACUACUUGUUGGGGCGCCAAUUUGACUUGAUAACUGACCAUGCUCCCCUGAAAUGGAUGGCCCAAAAGAAGGAGACGAAUAGACGGGUGAACCGGUGGUUUUUGGCCCUACAGGAUUACUCCUUCACGGUAAAACACAGGCCAGGUGUUGAAAUGGGGAAUGUAGAUGCCCUGUCCCGUGUUCACUCCUGUUGGGCUACAGGUGUUCCAACCCUGGGGUUGAAACAAGGGGGGAGGAUGUGUAGCAGAGCGUCCCAGAGAGAGCCUGGAAAAGUCCUGUUCGGGGUUUACACCUCUCCCAGGCUCCUCUCUUAUACGUUCAGGGAUUUCUGA